AGAAUGCUUGAUUGUGAUUGGUCGAUUUGCUUACGGUCUUACGAUUACGAUUAAAACUUUUUCGCGUGCAAUAGCCUUAUUGCAGCGACAGUGGUGUUUUCUCAAUACAAGAUAAUUGAUGUAAAAGAUCUGUCAUUAAAAAAUUUAUAAAAAAAUAUAUAUUCAUAUUUAAUUAAUAUUCAUGCUUUCUAUGCCAGAGGCUUUUCGAUUGUUCGGUUCUAAUGCUUUGCAAUGUUCGAUUCUUGAGUCUACAUCGUUUCCAGGCUUUUAUUAGUAGUCUGUGGUCUUUAGCCUGUGUUUUGUAAACAAAUCGUGAAUGACACUUGCCCCACUUGAAGUAUUUAUUGAAAUAUUAUUCCCGAAUAAUAUCUUAAAACUUUCUCAUUGAACAUAUUAAUAGAUUUUUGGUGGUUUGAACUGAGAAGACACAAAGAUGCCUUUGCCAGCUGCCUUAGCUGCACGUCUUGCAAAAAGGGGUUUAAUUUCUGGCUCUGAAAAGCAUGAAUCCGCAAAGAAAGAGACGAAGAAGAAGGUACAUGAAGAAGUAAUAGCUGAAGAUUAUGAUAAUACAAAAGAAGAAAUUAAUCAGAUUGAUAUAUCACAAAAAUUUAUGGGUUACAGUGGAUGUCCUAAUAAAUAUAACAUUUAUCACGAAUGUACAAAGAAAUGUAAAGAAUUAUGGGGACUAGGGCAUGUACAACCUUCGGACAAGUAUUUAAAACAACAAAUGAAAUUAAUUCAGAAAUAUCCUUUGCCAGAUACUUGGAAAGCAGUUUAUGAUCCUGGAUGUGGACAACAUUAUUAUUGGGAUUGGUCAUCUGAUUUGGUAUCUUGGUUACCACCCGGUCAUCCCAAGUGUCAGAUAUCACAACCCGCACCACAGUUACGUGAAGAAUUACAUUUAAAGGCAGGUGAUCAAGAUGAUAACAUGUCAAGUGAUGACAGUGUUAGUGACCAAGAACAAAUGGAGGUAGAUGAAAGUGACGUCAGGAAAGAUAGAAAGAUUGAAAAUCGUACAAGAUAUAAAGGACCAGACAAUAAAAGAAUUCAAAGAUCUGAUAGAAGUGAUGGUAAAGACAAAAAAGAUCGUACAUUGGAUCCUAUGGAUCCAGCAUCGUAUAGUGAUAUUCCCAGAGGAAAAUGGUCAGAUGGAUUGGCUAGACAUAACGAAGCCAAGACUGGUGCAGAUACGACUGCCUCAGGGCCUCUUUAUCAAAUGAGGCCGUAUCCCAGUCCGGGCGCGGUGUUGCGUUCAAAUAGAGUUAAUAAACCAGAAUCAGACUCGGCAAAUAAACCAAAAGUUGCGUUUCCCGAGAAACCGGAAUAAAUGCAUGCUGUUAUCUCAGUGUAUAUGUGAUUACGUUAAUAUGUAUAUAUGUAUCUUUAAACUAAUGGAAAUACUAUAUCAUAUCUCGUAAUUUU